CUAGACUAUUUCCUGAAAGUUGUGAGGUUUGUUACCUCACUGAGGACUGGAGCAGGAGCUGUCAGUGGUCACAGGACAUGUGUGUCUGACGCCUGGCAUGGACGGAAGGUGCUUCGGUUGUGCUUCCAAGUUUUCUAUAUUCAAAAAAGAGUGUGGCUGCAAGUCCUGUCGGCACGCGUUCUGUGCAGGAUGCCUUGCGUUCACAGCAGUUUUACCUGCGUACGGUAACGCCAAGCAGAAGGUCUGCAAGAAAUGUCACGACAGUAUCAACAAUGCCAAAACACCAAGGAACGAUGCAUCUAAAUGGUCUCCACCAGAGAAUUACAAGAAGAGAAUGGCAGCCCUGGAAGCCAAGCAAAGUCUGAAUAAAGAGGGGCAGAAAGGUCAAGGGCAGUUAUGUAUUGGAAACCACGUCCGGUAUCAGGGGUUGUCUCCAGAAGACCAAGCUAUUGCAGAACGACUGGCAAAACUCAAGCAGGAAACCAAACCUAAAGCAAUCCCUUCCACUGCUGAAAUAGAGUCCAGGAUAGCGGCUUUACGUAAGGAGACACAAGCGCCUGCCCCGUCCUUGCAAGAAAUGGAAGAUCGACUCGCUGUAUUACAAGGGAGGGUUCCACCAUCGACAGCAACCAAGCCGCAACAUCAAGCACCUGAUACCAGAAGCCAAACACAAAAAGUAGACGACCUGCUAACCCAACUGAAAGAUGAGGUAGCCAUAGAUCAAAAGUGUGACCCAGAUCCUCAGCAAGAAUUCCCUUCUCAACCUGUAAAUGACCUGGGUAAGGCGGAUAAUGUGGAUGGCUGGACGGGCCUUUAUACUGAAUUAGAUGCGGCACAGCUGGAAAAGGAAAAAGAGAGGAUUUUGAGCAAAGCGGCAAUAGAACUACAAGAUGAGAACACAAGGCAAGAGAAAAUGUUGGAGAUAGCGAAAAGGCUGGCAGCGUUACAAGGGAGAGAUCCUGAGAAAGAUAGACUGAGGAUUCCUGCCAGCGGUGCCGCAGUCCUAAACCACCUAUAGUCUCUAGCGCCUCAC